CACUGGAGGACAAGUAAAUAAACGUCUGACAGUAAAACGAUAUCGUUAUCUAAGGUUGUCAUUAUCGGUAGCAACGCGAUAGAAAUAAUGGUUCAGUCUUGUUCAGCGUAUGGAUGUAAAAAUAGAUACCACAAAGACAAAAAUAUCUCUUUCCACAAAUUCCCGCUCGCAAGGCCAGAUGUUUGUGGAAAAUGGGUAGCAGCGAUGAGAAGGCACAACUUCAAACCCACAAAAUACAGCAACAUCUGCUCCCAGCACUUCACCAAGGACUGCUUCAAACGCGAGUGUAACAACCGCGUGCUGAAAGAGAAUGCUGUACCAUCUCUCUUCAGUUUUAGUAAACUACAGGUUAAGGGGGAGUUGCUGCAGCAGACGUACCCUGCACAGGUGGACCUCUCCCUGUCCCUCCCCUCACCCGAGGCAGAGGAGGUGCAGUCACUCGCCACCCAGCCCCCUCCCGGCGACCCUGGAGCCAUAACCGCCGGGCCCCUGGGACCGGUCACCGUAGCGGCGGCGGAGAGCAGCCAGGAGGAGGACGAGUCGGCCGAGGGCCUGGAGGGCCUGCAGUCCAGCGCGUCGGUCUCCUGCGACCACAACUACACGGUGGAGGACUCGCUGCAGCAGAAGCGGCGCAUCGAGCAACUGGAGGAGCAGGUGGAGCGCCUGCGCAAGAAGCUGAAGACCGUCCAGCAGCGCUGUCGGCGGCAGGAGCGGCAGCUGCAGCGGCUCAAGACGGUCGGCGACCUCCAGAAGCAGGUGAAGGACCUGGCACUGGGCGGCGAGAGCUACGUCAUCCUGCCCAAAGAACUCUACGACGUGCUGAAGGGAAUCGAGUCCGCGGACAGCCUGUGAGGUGGAGAGGAACUGCCUGACAAAAACAAAAUGUGCACAAACAGACACACACACACACACACACACACACACACACACACAGCUUGUCUUUCGCUCACUCUGAAAACGAAGACUGCAGUGUGAUUUGCACAUCUGUGGUGUUGAGAGAGCAAAGCAACAGUGACAUUGUCCAUGUGUUGUUUUCUGAUUUUUUUUUUUUUUUUUUUUAUAUCCCUCUCCCCUCUUUGGUCACUCAAAAAUACCCUGGACUCAAAUGGAAGUGCCAUCAGUUCAAGUCGUUGAAGGUUCAAUUGACCCAUCAAAACAAACCCAGGGUCAUUUAGCUCUGCUGAGAUCCCCCCCCCCCUACAUGCACAACAUGCAAAACAUUGCAUUGAGAUGUGUUUGGAUUCACACCUCCCCUUAUGUAGACUCGAAUGCACUGCAUGUUGCAGUUUGCAUGUCCCAUUAGUGUAGGCCAGUUCAGUGAAGGAAAGACUCCCUAUAUAAGAGGAAGAUGCCUUUAGCUGACCCUGGCUCAUUUAGGGAGGUCAGCUACCAUCAUUUGGCAUAGGAGUUAACAUUACCAGAAGGAACAAAUGCUAGGGACAUCAGACCAUGGCACGUGCCAUAUUGUGCACACAUGUGCCAUGGUGCAUCACAUGUGCUGCAACAGAUGUUAACUACAUGUUAACUACAUGUUAACCACAUGUCAACGUUCAACAUUUUGUGUUCUUCACAUGUGAUGGUAAAGAGUGUGAACAGCGUUGACCAGUAUGCAGGACUCUCGUACAGCGUAAAACCCUAUCUGUGGUGCUGUGUGUCAUGCUCGUUCAGCUGUUAUUCACUAGCACUUUGGUGUGACCUGUUCUAGCGACUAGUGUAAAUCUAAACGGACCUCUCACUACUUGAAAAGGAAUCACUUUACGUUGAAUAUUAUUUAAGGAAACCUCUACUGCCGUCAGCCACCUUGUUCACUUUUGUAUGUUGUGUCAUUGGUCGUUGCUGUCUAAAAAAACUUUUCAAUCUGUGGUAACCAAGUAAAAUGGCAUUAGACGUUUGACAUUGGUGACAUGUCAUACUACUGUUUACCAAGAUGACUGUUUCAGACGGUAAGUAAUCUACUUUUUUUACAUGUGUAUGAGGAGGAAAGGUAUUGUUUUCCCUAAUGAGCUGGGACUUCUUCUGUGAGUUGAUUUUGUCUGAUAAUGUAUGAGUUGGGACUUUUUCAAGAGAAAGGUGACUUGACCUUGCCUGAUGAGGAAACCAUGGCUUGUUUUCUGUCUAAGUAAUACUUUGCUGGCCCUUUGGGAAAUGUGAAAGCUGCUUUCUGAAGGUGUUAGUCUCAGUCAAACACCCUUACCUGACAUACCUUUUUAUGACAGGUUAUGACACUUUCAGUGACAUGUUGUAUGGCUCUGGUAAUGAACGCUGUAGUGCUGCACUAUCAGUGACGCGAAACAAAGUUUUACCAAAAAGCCAUUUGACUUGGAUGUCCUGUGACAUGUAUGUCAUGUGGUUGUUUAAAAGUAAUAACGUCACUUGACACUUUAUCAGAGAAAUCAUGUUAUGAAUAUGAUACUGGUAUUUUUUGUGAUUCUGUUAGUAUGAUGAUGUCACUGUAAGGGUGGCAUAAUGGUUACAUAAUAUGGAAUAGACAAUUGGACAUAUAGCGUUAUAUGUUUAUUUCAGUAAGUCACUAAUAUGUGAAGAAGUCUGUAAUAUAUUAUUAUUAUAGAUGCAAUUAUGCACAUUCAUCAGGUUAUGGAAAUGUGACAGAUGUAGUAUACAACAUAAUGUUUAUAACUGGAAAACUUGAUUUACUGAGUGUGACUCGUUUUGUAAAGGGCUUUAUUUUGUCACUUUCAUUGUUACUUUUAUUAUUUAUUCUUCCUCAUGACUUCUCCCCUUCACUUCAGCUGACCAACAAAAGCCAUAUUUACAAAGACAAAGCACUUGAACAUGAACCUUUUGGCAAAAAAGGAAUUUUUCUUUGUGAAAACAUAGUUGCCUUACACUCUGCCUGUGCAAUCACUGAGCAUAUGGACUGUUCACUCUCUCUAGUCUCUUUAAAUCAUUACAUUCUGCACUCUACUCUGCCCUUCAGCUGAAUGUAAGUCAGCUAACACUCUCCUAGUGUUAGAUAGUAUUUGAGUGAGUUUUGUAACCACUACCUUUCCCCAAAGCCUAUUGUGGAGAGCCACCGUGAAAGCAAACAAAUUUGUCUUGGCACAAUAUUAGUAAAUGAUGACUGAGACGUGGACACUCAUUCUAUCCAGAAGACAUAUCAGAGCUGGUUGUGAAGGUAGUUGCUGAAUUUAAAAAGAUGCUGGAAAUCAUGGACUCGAUUUUAAUCUGAGGCAAAGGGAAAUCCGCCUCAUUACUACAAAUGUCAUUCUCUCAUGUUUCUAGGCUUUGAUACAUGUAUGUGUCAUUUACAGUAAUAGUGCCCUUACUACCUAAAUUUGAGUGUUGUAUGCUUGAAUGCAGAACGAUUAAUGUGUUCACAAUAAAUACUUGCAUAUUA